AUAUGUUGAUUCCAAGAAUUUGAGAUUUUUUAUUUUUUGCAAUAACAGAGAAAUGAAAUUAGAAAGAGUGAAGGGCAAGCGAAAAAACUCAUAAGUUCAUAACAUAUACGUAGAAACUUUGUGAUUGAGUAGCCUUUAAAGUCCAUUUACAAACAUGAAAAAAAGUAAUUGAUUGUAAUUCCAGCUCACCCUCAUUGACAUAACGGGUAAGGUAAAUAACCAAAGUAGUACUCCUCCAUUUCAAAAGAAGUGUCGCUUUAGCUCAUUUCCUUUAAUUAAGAAAUACAAUAUAUACAAUGUAUACUUUACUAAGUUAUCCCUAUUUAUUAGAUGUUUCUUGAGAAUUGAGCACUAUAUAUUAAGAAGAACUAUUAGUUAGUUAGUGUAAGAAUAUUAUUGGAAAUAAUUAUUAUUUUUUGUCUUGAAUUUCUAAAGCAACAUUUAUUUUGGGACAAUUCUUCUCUGCUAAAGCGACACUUAUUUUGGAACGGAGAGAGUACUACGUGGAAUAGCUAGUAAAAUUCGUGAUUGAAAGGCUAAAUGCUCUUUAUUUCAAUUCGAUUUAUAGAAUGAGAACAAUUGUCGGCAUCGAUAGAGAGUAAUUCCAACCUACUAAUCGUACGUUGUAGCAUUAAUUAAUCAAUGACUUUAGAUAUUCACAUUCCAUACACAAUUAUUGUUAAUUACAACUAGAGGUUUUAAUAAUUUUAGUCCACGUCCAACCACCCUAACAAACCAAAUUGAACGUGUUUUGAUUCCUCAAUUAUAUUUUGUUUAAUUUGUUCAUGACUUUACACAGGUUUUAAACGCUCCAAUAUUUAUUCUUCUGCCUGUUUUGUUAGCAUUUGCAUACGUUACAUUCUUUUUGGUUUUAAAAUCCAAAGAAAAUAUUAAACAUUGAUUUUAAUUAGUCUUUAUUAACAAAGUUAUCUUUUUCAAGUCAAUCAAGUAGAAUUAAAAAAAUUCCAUUAUAGAGCACAAGAACAUACUUAAUAUAAUGUAACCAUGAACUUAAUUCUCAAGAAAGAAGGAAUUGAGCCAAGAAUAAAGAUAAUGGCAAAGAUUCAGAGGUUUGUCUAUGUUUUGUGUCACUUAAUUUUAGUACUUGUGAAUGUAUUUGUAUUUAGAAAAAUGUUUUAUGAGAAGGAGAAGUUGAGUUGGAGCCAAAGAGCAGCAGAAGAAGCAGAAUCAGUGGCCUCAAUUUCAUGUUCAGGCCAUGGAAGAGCAUAUAUUGAUGGCUAUGUUGUUGAUGGAAAGCCUAUUUGUGAAUGCUAUUCUUGUUAUGGUGGCACUGAUUGCUCUUCAUUUUCCCCCAACUGUCCUGCUGAUGUUGAUGGUGGGGAUCCUCUAUUCUUGGAACCUUUCUGGAUACAAAAUGCAGCUAGCAGUGCAGUAGUAGUAUCAGGCUGGCAUAGAAUGAGUUAUUUCUUUCCUAAUCAGUCCCACAUAUCCAAAGAGCUUGACAGAAACAUAAGAAAGAUACAUGCCAAGAAUGCUAUCACAAAUGGAAGAUACAUUGUUUUUGGAGUAGGCUCUACUCAACUCCUACAUGCUGCAGUUCAUGCUCUUUCCAUUGACAAUUCAACUUCUUCCUCUCCUUACCUUGCAACCAAAGUGGUUGCUAAUAAAAUCCCUUACUAUUCGCCUUAUAAGUUUCAAACAACAUACUUUCAAACACAUCAUUAUGAAUUUGAAGGAGACUCAUCCAUGUUGAAGAACAAAUCAGACUUUGCUGGAAAUGUAAUUGAGUUUGUGACUUCACCAAAUAAUCCAGAUGGGAAUUUGAGAAGUUCAGAUCUAAAAGGCCCAAAUGUAAAGCCCAUUGAUGAUCGUGCUUAUUAUUGGCCUCAUUACACAGCAAUUCCUGCUCCUGCUGAUGAAGAUCUCAUGAUUUUCUCUAUGUCUAAGCUCACUGGUCAUGCUGGAACCAGAUUUGGGUGGGCAAUUGUGAAGGACGUGAAUGUGUAUAGAAGAAUGGUGGAAUUUAUUGAUUUGGCUGAAAUGGGGACAUCAAAGGAUGCUCAAUUGAGAGCUUUGACUCUUCUAAAAGUUGUUGCUGAAGGAGAUGGCAAGCAACUCUUCAAUUUUGCACAUCAAAUUUUGAAGGAUCGUUGGGAAAAAUUGAGUCAAAUCUUUUCUCUUUCUAAACGUUUUAGCCUCCAAAGAAUUCCAACUCAACAUUGCAUAUUUGUUGAGAGAGUCAGAGAACCAUCUCCAGCUUAUGCAUGGGUGAAGUGUAAGAGAAAAGAAGAUAAAAACUGCACAGAAAUCUUCAGAGUUGCAAAAAUCAUAGGUCGUCCAGGUAGCAAAUUCUUUGCAGGAGAUCGUUAUGUUCGACUCAGUCUAUUAAAGGGCCAACAUGAUUUUGACAUGUUGAUCCUUCGACUAAAAGAAUUGGUCUCCCUAGAAUAUGAAGCCAGUGCACAAGUCAUGUCAAGUUCUUAUUAGAUGAUUAUAUGAUUUAUGCAUAUCUUCCUUUGAGAUUUCAUCAUGUAAUUUACGAUCUACUCUAUGAUCUAAAAUGUCAUGUAAAAGCCUUUCCUAGACUUCCAAAUUUUGUUCUGAC